UACAAAACUAAUCUUUGUUUAUUUCAGAUAAUUGGGCUUUUCUGUAUGCUCAAAAUCUAGCUUUUAAGAUCAACUUACCUCUUUGUGUAUGCUUUUGCCUUGUCCCAAAGUUCUUGGAGGCAACUAUUCGCCAUUAUCGGUUUAUGCUGAAAGGUCUUCAAGAGGUAGAAGAGGAGUGUAAGUCUUUAAACAUUCAUUUCCAUUUAUUGCUUGGUGAAAGUAAAAAUGUUUUACCUAAAUUUGUGAAAGAUAAUCAAGUUGGAGGAGUUGUGACAGAUUUUUCACCUUUACGUGUUCCACAAAAAUGGGUAUCAGAGCUUGCAUCCAAGUUACCUCCCGAUGUUCCAUUAUGCCAGGUUGAUGCUCACAACAUAGUACCAUGCUGGGUUGCUUCAGAUAAGCAAGAAUAUGGUGCUAGAACUAUCAGGAAGAAGAUACACGACAAGCUUAAAGAAUACCUUACAGAUUUUCCUCCAGUGGUGAAAAAUAAACUCACUCCAGAAUGCAAAUUUAAACCAGUUGAUUGGAACAGUGUUGAAGAAAUAUUGGAGGUUAAUAUGGAUGUUGAUGAAGUUAAAUGGGCUAUUCCUGGUACUACUGCAGGUUUGAAGCAACUAUCAAGUUUCUGCAAAGACAGGCUAAAACAUUUUCACGACUGCCGUAAUGAUCCUACAAAAAACAAUCUAAGCAAUCUUUCACCUUGGUUUCAUUUUGGUCAACUAUCUAUACAGAGAACAAUAUUGGUUGUAUCAAAAUUAAGGAGCAAGUAUCCUGCUUCUGUUGAUGCAUUUGUAGAAGAAGCUGUCAUCAGACGUGAACUGUCCGAUAAUUUUUGCUUUUAUAACAAGAAAUAUGACCAAGUUGAUGGUGCUUAUGACUGGGCAAAAAAAACUUUAAAAGAUCAUAGCAAAGAUAAGCGAGAAUACAUUUACACUAAAGAACAGUUUGAAAAUGCCAAGACACAUGAUCUUUUGUGGAAUGCUGCUCAGCGCCAACUCAAAAAAGAAGGGAAAAUGCAUGGUUUUCUUCGCAUGUAUUGGGCAAAGAAAAUACUGGAAUGGACCAACAGCCCUGAGGAAGCAUUAGAAUUUGCUAUAUAUUUUAAUGACAAAUACAAUUUAGAUGGUCGUGAUCCUAAUGGCUAUGUUGGUUGUAUGUGGUCCAUUUGUGGUAUCCAUGAUCAAGGCUGGGCUGAACGUGCAGUUUUUGGAAAGAUACGCUUUAUGAACUUCAAGGGCUGUCAGAGGAAGUUUGAUGUUAAUGCAUUCAUACAAAGAUACAGAGAAAAGUAAAGCCUAAAAAGGAUGCAUAUUACAUCUGUAUAUAUGUUAAUCACAGCCAGCAUGUUUAUUUCUUAAUUCAUUUGUUUUUAGCAGUUUUAUAACUGUGAUGUUAACCUUUUUGUCAUGAAAAGGAAUGUUUUAACUUUUAUGUAAUUAAUACAAAUUUUAAUAAACACCACUUUUAAAUAAA